AAAGUAACUCAGAGCUCAUUCAAAGAACCAUCAAGAAAUGGGUACCUGGAUUUUGUUUGCCUGCCUCCUGGGAGCAGCUUUUGCUAUGCCCCUACCACCUCAUCCUGGAAGCCCUGGUUAUAUCAACUUAAGCUAUGAGGUGCUUACCCCUUUGAAGUGGUACCAGAGCAUGAUAAGGCAGCCGUAUCCUUCCUAUGGUUACGAACCCAUGGGUGGAUGGCUGCACCACCAAAUCAUCCCUGUGCUGUCUCAACAGCAUCCUUCCCCGAGUCACACCCUUCAGCCUCAUCACCACCUCCCAGUGGUGCCAGCUCAACAGCCCGUGGCCCCCCAGCAACCAAUGAUGCCAGUUCCUGGCCACCACUCCAUGACUCCAACCCAACACCACCAGCCAAACAUCCCUCCAUCUGCCCAGCAGCCCUUCCAGCAGCCCUUCCAGCCCCAGGCCAUUCCACCCCAGUCUCAUCAGCCCAUGCAGCCCCAGUCACCUCUGCACCCCAUGCAGCCCCUGGCACCACAGCCACCUCUGCCUCCACUGUUCUCCAUGCAGCCCCUGUCCCCCAUUCUUCCUGAGCUGCCUCUGGAAGCUUGGCCAGCGACAGACAAGACCAAGCGGGAAGAAGUGGUGUUUUCCCCUAUGAAGUGGUACCAGGGCAAUUCAAGGCAUCCGCUUAACAUGGAAAGCACAACAGAAAAAUAA